AUGCGCGCCGGAGGAGGAGGAGGAGCCCGCCUCCAUUCGCUACGUGCAGAGUCGCGAGUCCGCACCAGCAGCCGGCGGAGGCGAGGAGAGAGGGAGUCUGUCCGUCUCCCAGGUGGGCGGGAAGAGGAGGGGCCGGGCGCGCGCGCGCGGGAAGCAGCUGCUCUGGGAAAGGUGCCGCUAGCUUCGCGCGAGCCGGAUUUACAAAGGCGGCGGGCGGGGGGAAGGGGGCGGUGGGUUGAGAGAGAGAGUGUGUGUGUGUCAGGAGGCAGGUGGCGAAGGCGCUCCCGCCCAUGCCGGAAAGAUAACGCCGGCUUGCGAGGAGGUCUCCUGCGGGAUUUCGUUUCGUUUGGCAUAUAGACGUUUUGUGGCGCUCGUGUUGUGAAACACGUUUCUGCCCGGUUUCUCCUACAUUAUAAUGAGCGAGGAGAAGGAGUUGGGGGCGCAGGCGAAACAUGCCUUUGUUAUCACGCUUGCCCCCCCCCCCCGGUCUCUGGUACCUGUGGCAACUCGUCCAGAGAACCUGCGCGCGCGCACUCAGAGACCGUAUUUUUGUUCCUUCAUCUCCCCAACUGCACAUGUUGCCAUUAGCUCGUCAAAGAAACACACCAUAGAUGGGGGGGGGGGGCGCAUAGCUGUCAACGUUUCCCUUUUUUUAAGGGAAAUUCCCUUAUUCCGAAUAGGAUUCCUCGCAAGAAAAGGGAAAAGUUGACAGCUACGGGGGGGGCGGGCGGGCUUCCAACACACCCGCUGUGCUCCUAAGAAACAGACCGCGCCAAGCAGUCGAGAGAUCUGGGAUGAAUCUCCCGUCGCUCCCCGUCUGUCAGGCUUCGGGAGGUGACCCCGCGGCUGUGCGCGCGCGCUGUCUGGAAGCGAAGGAACAGGGCGCUGGGUAGAGUAUGAACUUUUUCCAGAACAGGGUAUCGGGGACGAGGCAUCUUGGCCUGUAUAGGCAGGGGCUAGAUUAUGGGGUGUGGAACAAUGAACACACUGGCUGCUGGAGAGCCAAUAUAUGUGUGUGUGUGUGUGUGUGUGUGUGUGUGUGUGUGUUUAAUGCGAAUAACGGCCAUAGGGAAGGGGGGCGCACUAUUUGGGCUGUAACCAUGGCACCUGCGGAAGUAUAGCUAAACCUUGUGCUUUGCCUUCUUGAAAUCCCCACCAUGGUGCUAUUGGCAAAGCAUGCAGGCCCCAUUCUCCCCUCCUGUGAUCCUCACUCCCACUGUGGUUGCCCGUUUUAAAAAGCUCCAGAGUUCUUGUUUAGGAUCUCCCGCAUCAGUUCUAGUUUUGCUUUCCAAGAAAUUUAUGGCACAGAAUGACUCCGUGUAAUAUGCCAGUCUAUUGCCCUCUGACCAGUCACCAGAUAAAAUAAGCCAAGAGCUGCUCUUGUACCAGGUUAUGUCAACACAUAUAUACAUAGUAUACCACUAUAUACUGCAGGUCAAGUCCUGCCUCAGCCACUUCACACUUGACACAGUUGUGUUUGGGGAAUAAAGUAAGACUAGCAGGCACGUAUUCUUAAACACUGGGGAAUAAGCACCAGGGGGACAUAAUUGUGUCCUCAGCUCCCCAGUGCUUAUUCACAGUGAUAAAUGUACACUUUUUAUAUACAAGUGCUUUCAGUAUAGACAAUGCAGUAAGUGUGAAGUGGCCCUUCCUUCAGCAAGUCGUUUUCACUACACCUCUGUUUCAGAGGUGUCAACACUUUGUGGUGUGUGUUUGUGUGCUCUCCCAAUAUAUCUCCAAAAGAAAGGUUAAAGGGAAACAUCCUUGCUGAUUAGCCUUUCAUCAUCUCAUAUGGCAACCAUGUGAUUCCCAUAUUAGAAUGAUGUAAUUCUAAUCAGGAAUAAUGCAUUCGCUCGUAAAAAUUAUUUUGGCUUCUUGGCCUUUUGGCUAAAAUCAAGUGUAAACAUCAUUUGGGUGGAAUCAUUUUUUGAGCAUGUAGGAAAAGCACACAUCCACCUGUGUAUAGCUCAAGGCAACGGCAGCUGUGGAAAUGAGAUGCAGUGCAACUGAUAAACAGUUAUGUGGGGAAAUGGUGAAGAGGGAAAGAGAGGUAAUGGUUACAGUACAUGUAAAAGUCCUACUUCCCAAGCUGACAUAAUUUCAUUAAUACAGUGGGGGGCGGGACAGAGCAAGCUGCUGCAAGGAAGCUGAAAAGAUCACAAGGAGCUGCUUUACUGUGUGGAAAGUGUCUCUUGGUCUUGAGGAAUAAAUAGUGGCUCAGUUUGAAAGGAGACAUGUAUGCAUUUCUCCAAGAGUCUGUGGUUUUAGCAUGUCCAGGAACUAAAAUUUAUUCCUUAUUGCUAAAUGCUUCUCCACUUGUGAGGGUGGACAGCAAGGGAGAUUAGGAAAGUGCCACCAGAAUCACAUAACUUUUGUCUGGCUUGUAAAACCUAUAAGAAAUUUCAGAGCUCAGCGGGGGCAGAGAUUUGUGGUGAAAAGCCUUGGACCUGCCCUUGCAAUCUUUAAUUAUAAUCUUCUGAAAUACAGCACCAGAUCUCUAACCCCCCCAUUCCCAUUAUAUCUGCAGCUCACUGCUGCUAAGGUACUAAUCUCUAUACCAGCCAUUUCCUGGAAAUGUGCUGAGCUGUCCUGCUGUGACCCUGAUCUUUGGGACAAAUUCCUGAUUUUGCUUGUGAUGGUUCAUUUUUUCUUGAUAUCAGUGGAUUCGAUAAAAUUGUUUAUUUCCUGAAUUUAUUGCAAAAGCAAAAUCAGAUUCUUGGAUCAUAAUGUUGACUUAGGGUUAAUCAAAUGUUUGUGCGUGUGUGUCCUUUCUUUCUUCCCAGGAUGUGUCAAUACAAUCUGCAUUCAUAACAACUAUUUAAAAGGAGCACAAGGUAACUUCUAGAAAACAUCUCAUAGUUUAACAAUUUGAAAUUCUGUGGAAAGAGCAAGCAAAGCCAGAUUAUGACUUAGACAUUCUGUCAAAACCAUUUUAUUUUACUACGUAUUUGAGUUGUGCUGAAUUUUUCUCUGCUACAUUGAUCAUUGUAAAUGUGUUCUGUUUGUUUUUGAUGGCCGUAUUGGUCAAUAUUUUAAUUAUAAGUGAAAGUUGCAUUGGGAGUUACUCUUUUUAGGGCCAAAAGUCAGGAUAUUAAUGGUUUUAUAACAAUUAAUUAAGGAUUAAUAUUUGGUCAGACCAACUGUCCAUUUUCUGGCCCCAUACUAUGUCUUCCAAAAGUGUCCAGUAAAAGUGGUGUUAGUAAGUUUUAAGAGUGCAUUGUACUCUUAUUUUUAAGCAGGCAGACUUAAUUCUCUGCUAUUCACUCCCAUUCUCUGGAUUGCUAGUGAUAUCUCUAUAAGCUUAAGGAAGGAUACUGCAAAUUCAUCGUUGUUGAGGGCAUGGAAAGUGUCCUGACUGAAACUCUGGAGAGGAGAGCUGUUGCCAGUCAUUGUUAACAAUAACGAUGAAUACCCGGGGUGGGAAACCUUUGGCCCUCCAGAUGUUGCAGAACUACACCUUCCAUCAUCCUUGGCCAUGCUUGUUCAGCAACAUCUGGAGGGCCAAAGGUUCCCCAUAUCUAUACUAGAAGGACCAAUAAUCAGCUUCCUAUGGUCCCCUCCAGAGCAGUUACCAAGGCAUGUGCCAGCUCUUAGAAGGUGGGUAGAUGUUUGUUGGCAGUACUGAAAAAGGGAAAUCCCAGUCGUGCUGCUGGUGCACAGCCCAGUGCUGCAUUUAGCUGAGAGGAUGGUAUUGCCUUCAUCUUUCUCUCUGACUUACAUACUCAGACCUCUGAAUCGUACAAAACUCAUCAUGCAAAAAUGAAAAGGAAGCUGCUGAUUCAGACCUUCGUUGCCUUACCUUAAGAUAAAAUUUGGCAGUCACUUGGACUGUGGCUAUUCAUACAGAAAUCCAUUAUAAAUGGGAUCAAGACGUGUCUUGUCAGUUCUGCAAUCAUGUAAAAAGUAAUGAUAAAUAUCAAGAAUAGGUAUAUUAGCUGCACAUUCCCAGGACAGCAAGUGCAAGCAUAAAACUGAUGUAAGUUUUUAAAAACCCAUUAAAUCAGUAACAAACAAGAACCAUAGCAUACCAGAGUUGGCAGAGUUUGCCAAAACAACUCAAAGCAGUGUUUUUAAAGGCCUGUGAUAAUGCAAAGAUCUUAAUCUGGCACAAAAAGAAAUGAGUAGGAACCAGUUGAGCCUCCUUGGGAAGAGCUUUUCUCAGCUGCAGAGACACAGAUGAAAAAGCCCUCUGCAGUUGCCACCCACUUACAGUAAAUUCAUCAGCCGCUAGUGCUGUUUCAAAACUGGUAUAUGAUUCCUAGGGCUAGUCCCAGCUGGCAGCCUAGUAGCUGUAUUCUAAACUACAUCAAGUAUUCAGACAAGACAUUUAGAGGCCUUUCCAUUUUACCUAAUUAAAACUUCUGUAUUUCAUGGGACUAAUAUGACAAUACAACCUCUCUUGGUGUCCUUCACACAUACACAAUAUAAUUUUACAUGAGACACAGCAAUAGCAGAGUAACAUGGAGCAAUGGUUACCCUACAGUCCAUUGUUAGGGAUCUACCAUUACCUUUCAGAGUUACCAAAUGGGAAAUUAACUUACCUCUUCCAAUUGCCUUCAGCUGACUCUGAUGUCAAAUCAUUGUGUGCCAGCAACAGGUUCAUGGUGCACUCAAAGGCUGGAUGAAGGCUCAAACUGGAUGAAUGAGAGAUUAUGUGAAGCCAAAAUAGUCAAAUAUUGAUUCCUGUUGGUUGCCUGAAUAAGGUCUCACCAAUCAGCAGCAUCCUUCCUUCAAACAAGAAGUCUACCCAACAAGGAGGACUAUAUUAUGUUAACUAUAACAGUGGUGGCUAACUAAGAAGCUAUUAUAGUGUGCCUUGCCAGUCCCUGAAUCACUUUAAACUAGCAGCAGAACUGUCCACUUUUGUUUUUCUUCAAUCUGCUAUCUUCUUGCUGAGAUUUCCCUCCGAAGUAAUUCCAAACCUCUGUAUUACUACUUCUCAUGACUGUGCAAGAAAGUCUGUAUUUCCUACAAUAGCUGAUUUAUAAGGACCUAGCGUUAUAUUCAGCUUCUCUGUUAAAAACAAUUACUUGACAUUUCAUAUAUCUCAGUGUGUAACCAAAAACAAUCCAGGAAUGUGAUGAAAUAUCUGCCAUAUUCCAAGGACCAGGAGAAGCCCAAUAUUAUAAUGCGAAGGCUGAUAAAUCAGGCUUUUCUGCAGUGUUACAAAGUUCUGGACAACAACCUAAUGUCUAGAUGAGCAAAGAAUCAUUGUUGGUGUGAAGAAGGGUUCCCAACAAAGCUAUCUAUCCCCAGCUAGCAAUUAGCAAAGACGAGAUGAGAAGAAUGACAUAGAAAUAAUACUCCCAAGAGGGAAAUAAUAGUGGUUAAGAUAAAGCGCACUCCUCCCAUUAGGAAUUGCUCCUCCCUUACAGGCCUUUGUAUCUUUGCACCCUCCCCCUUUCCCUUCAGCCCUAGAACAAGAGUCUAAUGCAAGCAGAGGAAAGUUAAGCACAGCUGCAAAUCUAAUCAGAACUGCCCUGGCAGGCAGGCAUGCACAGCUGGGAGCUGGAAAUGCUCUUUUCCAGGCACAAAUUGAUACCAAAUGGAGCAGAUGGAAGAAGGCCAGUUAUUAUGGCUCAUGACUCGUGCGUCUAGAUCUCAAAAAAUAGUUUUAGACCUAGAAGCAUCACCAGAUGACUGAGCAUUGCUGGGAAGUUUGGGGUGGGGGGUGUUGAAUCACAUGGAGUACUUUUGAUCUUUUAUAUAUAUAUAAAAAAAUGAGCCAAAGGAAGAAGUCAACCCAGUUUGAAUUUGCAAAUGGUAAUCUGGUUGUCUGAGAGUUGGCAGUAGCCUUGGUAGUGAGUGAGCCUACAAAGAUCUACAUGACCCAGAAGACCAGUUCACCUGGUGAACUCUCAGAUAACGUUUACUUGCUUCACCAAUCAAAAAGGCCAUUUAUGUAUUGUUACAAAUCUAUACUUGUCUGUACUGUAGACUAGGGAUGGAGAUUCUGUGGUCCUCCAGAUGUUGUUGGACUUUAGUUCCCAUCAACCCCAUCUAGGGUGGUCAAUCAGGGAUUGUGGGAACGUAGUUUAGUAUCUGAAGGGCCACAGGUUCCCAUUGUUGAAGCAGACUAUGGACCAAUGCACUGUCCAUUGGAAAAAGUGGAUAAUUAUUUUCUAUCUAGCCUGAUAUCUCUCAUAUACCCGAUCUCUGCUGUCUUCCUAGUGAAGCAGCCUGCGUGCUCAGACUCAAGCCACAUUUUGUUGAGCUGUAUUUCAGCCCACUGAAGGGCUUUGUAGCCGAGUGCUGAAUAAUUCUUUGUGCAUAUGGUUCGAUAGCCACUUCCCACCAGAAAAGAUGAGCCUGCAGAUAACAGUAGUCUGCCAUGGCUUUGCAUAGAUCCUAGAGUACACCUUGUGCAUCCAUAGAACUGCUGUAUCUCCAUGCCAUGAGAAUGAAUCUGCUAUAUACACAACAGAUUAUGUCAUACACUUAAUUUCUUUUUUCUUUUCUUUUUUGGUAGAGCACUUUAAUAUGGAAAACUUUAUGGAAGUACAGCAUUUAUGGAAGCCUCCUUAGGAAACCAAAGGGAUGUGUAUGUUGGACCUCAGUCUUCUACCAUAACUUUCCUCAUUCACCUACAUGAAUAUUUUCUUUAUUAACAGAAUGGAGAGCCAAGGAAGAUGGAUACUUAAGAGCUUGUUCCAAGUCACACAAAAGGUCUGGAGCAAAAGUUAGUCUUGAAUUCAAUGGACUCCAGUGUAAGCCAAGUUGAUGCUCUGAUUUCAUUUUCUCUUUUCAAGCUGUUCCCUUGUACACCAAGACACUGGAAUAUAACAGAAUACCAUCCACCCACAUGUGAAGGUAUAAAGACUUAGGUCUGAACUUUAUCUCCAGAGUGUCCCCUCUGGAAUUAUUGCUUCUUGCAUAGAAGUAGUUCCCCCUUCCUCCAGUAAAUUCGUUGUGGAAGUAUUAGAAAUUUUACAUUCCUUUGGGGCAAUGAGUUCCCCCAAUAUGACCAGGACCAAAACCCCAUCUGUGAAGACAAAAGCAAGAAUAAAUGCAACUCUUUGUAUUGUGGUGAAUGAUUAAACACUGCUGUAAAAGCCUGAAAACUGACACUAAACUCUGUAUAGCUAUCUACCCUAGAACCA